AUGAUCGAUACAACCCCUAUACCUAAGUUCCUUUAAUAAGAAUUUGAAUGCUCUUUGUGCUUAACUUUCUUAACUAAUCCAAUAACCAUCCCUUGUGGACAUACAUUUUGUAAGGAAUGCAUCUCAAAUGCAGUCAAAUAGAUUCCACGUUGUCCAACAUGCAGGUUUUAAAAUUUCUUUAAUUUUAGAGGUACAAUCACAAUAGAGAUAAAGAAUUUAAAAGAAAAUUUAUUAAUUAAGUCUACAGUCAAUGAAUUGAAAAAGCAUCUGAGCAUCGCUGAUAAUCCUUAAAAAUAGCAAAUAGAAAAUAAAGAGGAAAAUAAUUAAUAAUCUGAAAAAUUAAUCAUCCUGUAUACAAAAGAAGUUAUUACACCAUAUUAAUAUCAAAGAAUUGUUUUAGAAAAGGGAUAAUUCAAAAGUUUCCCAAAAAAUUAAGAAUUAAUUAAAUAGAUAUUUAGUAACAUUAAAAAAUUCGUUAUAACAUUCUAAUCUAAACAAAAUUAAGAUAUUGGAUACUUGGCACAAUUGUAGCUGGUGUAAAUUAUUGAUGGAUAAAUAACUGCAUAAAUAUUGACAGAGGAUAUUGUUGAACUAUCAAACAAAGAAUAAACAGAGUUUUAAUUAAAUAAUGAUGGGUAAAUUAAAUAUUUUCUUCCAAUUGCUACUGCCAAAAUACUACAAGAGGAUUAUAUAGAUUUAAAUGACAACGAUACUUCUUAUCAAAUUUCAACCUUAAUUUAGUAAAUUAAAGAUGUUUUGCUCCCAUUCAUUUAAUAAUUAAGUAAUGGCUAAAGUGGAUUAUCAUUAUAUUUACAUCAAAGUGGGUUAGUAAUAUUGGAAAUCAUUAAAAAGGCUAUCAUUUUUACUACCUAGUCUAUUAAAUAUUGA